AUGAUUGAAGCGGACGUCAUACGACUGAACAUGGAAGUUGAAGCAGCAGCGGCGCGCAACGCUGACCUCUCGAGAGAAGUUGCACGGCUUAGGGAAGAGUUGGCGAAUUCCGGCCUUCACAACAUGGACCGAACCCUCGUGAUUACGGAAGGUACUCAAACUGAUUCAGGCAUGCUGCGGGAAGUUGCUUUGGAUUUAGACGAUAUUCUAUUUGAGGUGAGUGAAUUAUUAUUCCGGCUUUACCCCGCAUCCUCUCUUGAUUUGUCUGUUCGGCGAGAUGCCCAAUCGAGUCAGUUAAACGAUCUUUCACAACGUUGUUUGCGCGAGGUUCGCUCACUUAAAGCUGCUUGGGAAAUGAAGCUGGAUGGUUACAACCAGUUUAUUAGUAAUAUCCAAAGAUCUCAAGUCGACUACCAUAGAUCUCUCGAUUCGAAAGAGUGUCAGCUGCGCAGGAAACAACAGGAAUGUGACGUCCUCGUUGGUGAGAAUGCGCGGUUGUCAACCCUCUGUAGUGAAUUAGAGAGUCAGUUGAAGACGACUCAGGAGGCAGCAACUCGGGCGGAGGAGCAAGUUGGCCGAUUACUUCAACAAACUGCUGAUCUCGAGGCAGAGCGACGUCGCUUACUGGAUAGAGAAGCCGCUAUGGCAAAUACCCUCGUGGCACUACGGGCGGAGUGUGCCUUUAAUCCCUGGUCAAGUUUAGUGGGUGUAAAGGAAGCAGCGACUACCAUAGAAAGUAAUGGGCAACUCCCGUCCGUGCGAGAACAGGCAGUGGCUGUAACUAAAGCACAUAUCAAACCACCGGGAGCAGUUUCUGCUUCUGAUGUGGCGAUGGCGUUUCAGGGGUUGGAUUUGGAUGGGCAACUUCCUCAUAUGUGCGUUGAACCUGAAAGUGUUGUUGAUUAUUAUUGCAAAGUGAAGCAUUCGUCCCCCACCAGGUCGUUGAUGUGA